AUGUCCGUGAGCUCGGACUCGUGCCACACGGGUGAGAACAGCGACAGUGCUGACGCGCUCAACUCCAACCGACCACAGCGACUCUCUUUCAUAAGGAAGAGGAGGUCCCUCACCAGCCCGUCGCCCCGCUCCCAUGCGCCUGCGCCGUUGUCUCAUCUCACCCCGGUGACCACAGGUGCAUCACCGCCUCCGAGUAACAAGGAUCGUGAUCGCAGAAGCGACUACACCAAACCGAGCAGCGUAGCCAGGAAGAGGAGCAACACCGCAGCGCCAUCCGGGAGAGGGGAGACUCUCGGCAGAGCACACGCUCGCCAUCCACCCUCCGCCGACACAGCAGCAGCGCCAGCUUCUUCUCUUCAGGCUUCGAGAGCAACAGAUGUAGAUCCGUAUGCGCGCACCAACCCGACAACUCUCAACGCAGCAAGCUUUUCACUGACGCGCAUGCGACCGAGCUCUGCUGCAUCGCCAGCGACGGUGGCGCGCAGCACCACACAGCACGCUCCGCACCGCAGCACCUCCAGGUCAGGAUCGAGGACUGUACCAGGAUUUCUCCACUCAACCUUCAGUAGCCGGGCCCACUUGCCAGCUCCACCCCCCGAGCUGCCCAUCGCUGACGCCGCGCUGGCGCCCUUGCAGGUAUCCAUGUCGGGCACCACAUCCUCUAAUCACAAUAUCGACGCCGAAUCAGCGCCUCCGCCAACCAAGAGCCUGCUGCCCAGCAGUAUUGAGAGGGGGCAGAAAAUGUGCGGCACCGACAACAACGGCGUGAUUCGACCCGGCCGUACUCAGGCGUCUGACCUUGGACCACCAACAGGGACGCCAGUGGCGCUCGCCGUGAUCCACGGCAGCCGUGGCAGGGGGUACGGCGGAACCUCUGGGGUACGUGCGGGGGCGGCUAUCUCACCCCCUUUUCUUCUUGACGGCGAUGUGGCGCCGAUCGUGAUGCAUCCUAACCCUCUUACAGACCCUGCUCCGCACAUCUAUGGCGGAAAGCGCCGGAACCGUGUUACGCUAGAGUCUAGCUUCGCCAGCGCUUCGGAGGGGGCGGACGGUGAGCCGGUGCAGGCGCCACCGCCGCCAGCCUCCGUCCACAGCUCAUCGCAGUCAGUGAAAGAGCAACUGGGGAUCACUGCGGAUGUCCCUGAGGAACUCCGUAGCUCGUCGACCAUGAACCACGCGUCCUCACAGCCGGAUUGCACACCGCCGCAGCAUCUGCAGAAGCAGCCGAUGCAUGUGCACAAUCCCUCGCAGUCCAUGGUGGCUCUUUCGUCAGUACCGCAGACGCCGCGGCGACCAGCCAUCGUGCCCGAGGUGAGGGACCGCCACUUGCCCGCACCGAAGACCCCUCAGUUGAAUGAGAAAUCGCAGAUAGCGCGCUCCGGCGAGGAGGCAGUUUGCACUGUUCUCCGCUCCUCACUGCCGGCGGCGUCUUACGGCGCCCCAAUAUACAAGGCUCGGCCAGUACCGCCCUUCUCGCAUCCGCCGCCGGAGUGUGCACCGGUGAAUGCGGAUCCUGCGCAGAGAAUUCUGCACCCUUGCACCUCUUCUGCUGGGAAGGAUGGCCCACCGUCCUCCACGGCACUUGAUGCAGAAGCGGGCGGUAGCACAGAGCCGCAGCUCCGUAAGGGCCGGCAGCGUCGCAGCGCUUCCUCUUGCACACCGGAAAGUAGCUCAUCGUUGGAGCGUCGCUCUUCAGCAUCGUCGCGGUCUCCUUCCGUCGACGCGGCUGUGUACUCUCCCGCUUGUGCACAUGAGCAGCCGCUGUCGAAGGAAAGCAUUCGUAGCGCUUCUCUGGAAACAACGACUUCGGCGCAUCUGUCCCAACGCAACCCCAGCGCGCCGAGGUCGCCGUUUACGUCUGCGGUCACACCACCGUCUUCGGUCGACCCUGCAGCCGAGCUAUCGCCUUCCAGGAGCAGCGUGCACAAUGAGGUGGAGGAAGAGACCCCCGUCGCGAGACGCGCGCCGCCACAGCAGGAACCGAUGCGAUUGCCAGAGCUGCAUGUUGUCGCGGAAUCUGCGGUAUCGGCUGCUUCUGAGAGGUCGCUAUCGUCGCACCGCAGCGGCUCGUGUUCCACGCCGCUGGAGAGCUUCGCGGCGCUUCUCGAGGACUUGCAUGUGCUGUGGCGGGAGGAGGAGCCACUCACAUGUCAAGUGUCGAAUACCAGCCAUGCAUCCAAUGGGGCGUUUGAUGGAUGUGCGUCGAGAAGCACCGCGAGUGCCAUGGCGGAGCCAAAAGAUGACGAGUCGAGCUCCUUGAUGUACCCGGCGGAUACAAGCGACCACAAUCCGGAGGGGUUGGAGGAGGUAAAACAGGUCCCGGAGAGCUCCUUGGAUGAACUGCUUCGCGGAACUGACACCACCGGUCAUGCGCCCAUCACGCCGCGUCUUCGCCACCGCAUUGAGAAGGACCAGCAACGGGAGCUGGAGAUGCUGCGCGCUGUCACGAAGGAGCGCCAUCCAGAGAUUUUCGGCUUGCUCGACUCACCACAAACGCUGAUGCGAGAGUUGGAGCGGAUGGGUGCGGACAGGGACGGACAAGAGUUCAAUGACAGAGGCACCACGUCCAACGCGACGGAUGAAGUGACGACGCCGCCGGCUGCACGAUCACCUCGGAAGCGACCACCGGCUGUGCCCGCGUCGUCGCAGACUUCACUAACAACGUUGGUUGCACAAGGCAGCCGCGCCAAACCUGAGGAAAGAUUGCCAGUGCGAGAUGCAGGAGGAGCCGCUGCCCCGACCACGGAGAAGAGCUGCACCACCGAGUCAUCGGCGCGGAAGGGCAAACCGAGUGUGUCUGCUACGUCUACUUCCUCUGGGAGGGCGCGAGAGAGAAGCCAGGCAGUGCUGCGGAGCUCACGGCGGACGAAUGCCCCGGAGAAUGGCUCCGCUGGCAACGGUGACGGCGUGUCCAUCUCGACACCUCGUGGACGAGCUGCCGGCGAGGCUGGCUCCGGGGCCAGGGGCACGGGCAUGCCCCCUUUUGGUGCAAUGGGUGGUGCGGCACCACCUUUGUCGACCACGGCGCUGAACAGUCAACUUACUGCGGCCGUGCCCGGCACGCCCAGUUGCAUUCGGGACUCUCGGCGGCGAUCAACCGCCCCUAGCAUGACGCCCAGCGGUGGAUCAGAGCCGCUGUCACGCACGGCUUCCCGGCGAGGGGAUGGCCCCAGCGGAUUAUCAAGUGGCGCUGGCACCUCCUCGCCUCAGAAGGCAGCCGCGACUGCCUCGGAGGAUCUUCUGCCGGAGCUCUUCUCGGCGGAGGAGGCGGCGAAUACCAUCACCAUUGUGUUUGACCUGGACGAGACGCUCUGCAACAACCGAUGCUUCACCGGACCUAUACUUCGACCCGGCGCCGAGCUGCUUCUCCACACGCUGCGCGGCCUCUGCCCCUCACCCCAAUACAAGGUUAUCGACACCCAUACCCGCAGCCAGCAUGCCUCGAGUCGGCUGUAUGACGAGGCAAUGCACCGUAUGGGCGUGGCGCCGCUGUACCGCUCACGGGUUGCACAGAGACAGUCGGCGGAUGGCUACCGCCGCACUAACAGCACCGCUCCCGCUGGCACUGUCGCGGCGUCGGGUGCCAGCGCGUCCGAGGUUUCAGGUCCGGCCUCUUCUGCUGGCUUGUGCAGCACCGGGGAGGCGCGUCCGGCCACGGCGAAGGAUACGAACCCUCUUCGACUGGAGCUGGUGCUGUGGACGGCGAGCGAAGAGAGUCUAGCCCGGCGUGCCAUGCGCCACAUUGACCCGGCGAACAAGAUCUUCGACGAAGCCAUUUAUCGCGAUGCGCGGUGGUAUCGUGACUCGCACUACACGAAGGAGCUGUGCCGACUCGGCCGGUGCAUAAAUCGCGUGGUCAUCGUCGAGAACUCGAUCGAAUCUGUUAUUCGCAAUCGCCAGAACUCCAUCCUAGUUACAAGCUUUGUGCGCAACCGCCUCGACCGACAACUCUUCCUCGUGCGCGAAGUCCUGCGAGAUUGGGUUUGUGGCAUGCGGGCGAAGCUGGCAGAGCAACAGUACGCAUCCCGCGCUGCUAGUUCGCUGCGGGAGAGUGUUGAGCGUACGACGGAUCACGAUGCCGCGCUGCGCUCCUUCAGAGGAAACUCGGUUGGUUCCCGGACCGGGGAGUCUGUCGAGGAGGGGGGCGAGAGUCCGGUGCCGCCGCACUCGACGCGGCCGCUCGCACGCGUUGGCCGAAGUGAGAGCAUGACCGUGAUGAUUGAUCAUGCCGGCACACGCAUUGACGCCGGAGACCCCAUCAACGAUAACUCUGGCGGUAACGAUUCGCAACGUGGUUCGACUCCCGAACUGGCCCCAUCGGCGCCGUGCCGCCCCUCCGCUCAUGUUGUGUCUGUGCCCAGCUCGCCGCUGCCUCCCGCCACUCGCCCCCUGAGCGCUAUGGCGCGUCGCGCGCCAAACAUUGUGGAGUUCCUGCAGCACCAUCGGCUCAUCUUUCCAGACUCGAACUUCCUUCGCUUCCAGCUUACGGGCGACGUCAUGAAGCACCUGCAGACCAAGGAGGCCGCCCUCAUCGCCGCCGCCCUCCACCCACCGCUGAUGGCAGCUGAACAGCCGGCCGCACGGGCGGCGCGUUCCAUUGGCUACGGACCUGUUUCUCGCACAACCCGACCCACGCGCGCACCAUUGAACGCUCUGCCAUCCUCCACGCCUCCAGUAACUACUACCGCAGCUACCACGGCAAGCCCGGGAGGACCUGCACCGAGAACGCCGCAGUUCCGCGCUGCUGGCCGUGCAUCUCCUAGCAGGGGUGGGGUGGCAGUGGACGGCGUCGCAGCAGCUGUGACGCGGCAGCGUACUCCAGGGAAGGAGGCGGGCGCGGCGAGAACGCCUGUAGCGGUGUCGACUCCGACGUCUCCGUCGGGAGGAUCCGUAGUUGGCGCAACUGGGAACAGCCGCCUCGGCUAUUCAUCCUCCAACGAUGCGACUCGUGCGGCGAAUGCACACCGCGACCCGGUGGUGCGACUACAGCGCACAGCGUCGGCGCCGCUUAAGCGGCCAGUGACCAACGAGACGUAUGGUUCGCGCGGCACUGUGGAGGAGAGAAAAUGA